AUGGCGAUAUGGCCAUUUGGUCGGAGUAAUAAAACCAAGCGGCACACCAUUCAAGUGAGCCCCGACGAAGCCGCUACCCUGCAGUCGUCGAUCGCGAACGACCCCAGAGCUGCUGCUGCCGCCGUUGGUAUCGAACCCACAUUGGGCCGCAAGCCUUCCCUCCGGCCCUCAAAGCGUCAAAACAACAACCGGCUGUCACGCACCGGGGACGAGGUUGGGAGCGUACAUGCCGGCCUGGGUCGCUCCUCGUCCCAACGACAACGUCCCAUCUCAUUACUCGACCACCGAUCAUCCCAAAUGAGCUCUGACCGUGCCGACCCGGAUCUCCCCCCGCGGUCCCUGUCGCGGACCGAAUCGUUGAUGCGGAACAAGAAUCAAAAUGGCCCGAAUAAACUCCGACGGAGGCUGAGCAAGCGCAAGGCGCACGAGAUCAUGCGCGAGCGUGAGAUCCGCAUGCUGUCCUCGAUGCCGAUCGAUAUUCCGCGCCGAACAGGUCAACCGGAUUAUAAUAUGAUGGAUCACAGGCAUCGGAGGACGAAUGGUCAGCGUCUAAACCGGUACCAGUCAGAUGUCAGCCUGUCCAUUCGUGACUCGGCUGCAUCUUCCAUGUCGGAUUUAACAGACCCAUACACGUUCAAGGUUAAUGCUUUCGCGGCGCUGACCCCCCGUCCCGUGGUUCGAUACGUUGAGGCACCACGGGCUCCCUCGGCCCGCAACAAUCCCCCCAAGGACCGACUACAGAACCUGACUACCUCGGAGGAGGAUCUCUACUACUCGAAACGGCGGGUGAAUGAGUUGGCCGAUUCGUUGGAUGCUAAUACACUGCGCGAGUUGAUGGAUCGAGAUCGUCGUCGUCGGGAAAAGAAGCAGAUUGAUGACCAGGAGAGGCUACGACGCAAGUUGCAGGAACGGGCCGACGCACAACAAGCCCAGGAGGCUCGAGAGGCCGAAGCAGCUGUGGCAGCCGCAGCCGCGGCGAUGAAUCUUGCCGCUGUGGGAGACCAUGAUGAACCGGCCAUGGAGGAGACCGUGGACGCCGAAGUUGAUGAAGAACGGGAUGACUCAAAGGGAACCGAUGCUGCUGGGGCCGACUCGAUAGCCGACAGCGCACCGGUAAUUGAAAAUAUCGGUGAAGUCUCCAUUCGUGAGCCCAAGCUAGCGACGCGAUCAAGCUUUGCCCCAUCACAUGAGAUGGGCAUGUCUCGAACGACGCUCUCGCCAUCCCACUCAUCUCUUCGCCACGGGCUCAGUAGCCCCAGCCAUUCCCAAACGUUUGGAAUGGGCUCGAACUCGGACCUUUCUGAACGCCGACUGUCUGAUACUAGCGGGCGUCGUGGGAACACCAUCACACACCUCUUCCGACGUGGUUCUUCUCGCCUCAAGCGUCGCUACCGAGAGCAUUUCCAGGAAUCCGCAUCAUUGGACCACAACCCGUCGAAUGAAUCCUUCUACAGAAUCCAAACCCAAUCCUCUCCUCCUCCUGCCUCUGUUAUUCCUCCUCGCGCAUUCAUUCCCACUGGAACGUCUCCAGACAUCCCUGAGGAGGUCCCCGAAUCCUCACUGGAGAACGAACCGAGUACAUUUUUGCAAGGCCCAACUCCUAGCGCCAGCAUGGAUAUUGUCAACCCUCGUCGUCGUCACCAUCUCUCCUUGGCCGAGAGCUUCGAUGCCGAAUCCGACAACGUGCCACUUUCUCAGUCCCUGGCCUCCAUCGACUCUGAAGGCUCCUGGAUGUCUGGCCAGUUUUUCCGCCGCAUGAAUCAGAAACCCAGCAGCCCGGUCCGGAAUAACAUGAGCUCCUUUGGCCCCGCCAACCUGGAUGACCCUGAUGUGUUUGAUGAAGCCCGCGAAUCACUUGACUCCCACGGCGCUAGCAACAAUGUGAUGGGUGACCCGGAAAUGGAGAAUGAUGUGGCUGACCCUGAGGCCGAUAAACCCGCGGAGAUGUGGCACAGUGAGGUCGGCCGGCGGCCUGUUGUGGUCAACCCAGUUGCUCGCCCGAAAUCCAACCAGGGAAUGCUGCGGUGCAUCCCCUCUUUGUCGCCAAUCUCGGCUGAAGAGGACUAUAGCCCUGUGAGCCCUUUGGAAGAGGAUAACCUCUCCGAAAAUCUCCCCCAGCGUGUGGCCAGCGUCCAUGGCAUUAUCGAUCACGUUUAA